GGAAGGGGAGCGAGUCAGAUGACCUCGUAUACCUCCUCGAAGUAACCAGUUUAACUUGCUGGAAUCCCCUGUUGACGUUUCAUUGCUAUUGAAGUAAUCCGUCUGUUGAAGCUGCAAAAUGGAGGAAAGUGUUUCAGACUCUGAAGUAGAUUUUCAUAAAUCUGAGUAUGAACAACAUAAAGUAGGCAGUAAACGUUGGAAUUAUGCUGUAAGACGGCAAUCGAUUGGUUGGUCGCCCUAUCAAGGGGCGGGACCAUCUAUUCAUGAUUCAAUCAGUCAACCAGAAUGUGUCGUUGAAUUACUAAGAUCUCCUUCUGUUCAAAUAUAUUCAACAUUGAAACGAAAACUUCUGAAGGCUAGAUCAAACCCGGAAUGGAUUUUACAAUUUUUACAUCAUGAUGGUUUGGAAUUACUUUUUGAAAGUUUGGAUGAAAUCUGUUGUCAGAAAACAUCCAGUUUUCUUGAUUCAAUUUUACAAGUUGGAUGUGUAGAGUGCAUUAAAAUAAUUAUGGAUACCUCUAUAGGAUUAGAUUAUGUAGUUGAAAAUAGUGAUUUCAUUCCAAAAUUCGCUUCAGCACUCAACACUGACAAUGAGGCAACAAAGAAACAAGUGUUCGAACUUCUUUCAGCGCUAUGCGUAUACUCGAAAGAUGGAACACACUAUGCACUGGAAACUCUGGCUCAUCUUCAGAAACAUAGAAAACAGAAUUACAGAUUUUCCACACUGAUUGAAGAGCUACGAAAUACAGACAAUACAGACUACAAAACGAUAUUACUACAGUUAAUUAAUUGUAUUAUAAUAUACACAGAAAAAGUGGAAGACAGAAUUCGGACACGAAAUGAGUUUUUCGGUCUUCGACUGCAAGAAAUCAUUAAUAAACUAAGAAAACAAGAAGACGUAGAUUCACAGAUUCUUGUUCAGCUGGACGUUUUCGACGAGCAGAAAGCGAAUGAUGAAGAGCAGCUUCCUGGUAUCAAAGGCGUGGAUCUUAACAGUCCGCUGGACGUUUUUCAUGCCAUAUUUAAACAGAUUACGGAUACAACUCAGGAGAUUUUCCUAACGACGCUUCAGCAUAUGCUGAAAAUAGACCCGAGUGAUGAAAAUAGUAUGUUAAUAUGGCAGACAGUGGAAACACUUGUAUCGAGAGCAACUCUCAUAGAAAACAAUGAUGACUCUCAGAAACUACUUAAAUCUUUUAUGAGACAGAGAGAAAAAUCAACUAGUGAUGGCAAAUGUACGUGUGCGUGUCAUGAUGGACGAACUCGUGUAAUGUCUCCAAAACGGAAUACAGACAAUUCGCAUCCGGGAACUAUAGACUCAUCAAAUAAAGCCCCUGCGCCACCUCCACCGCCUCCUCCGCCGCCGCCUCCUGGUAUGGGAGCACCUCCACCACCGCCACCACCACCGGGCAUGCCGCCUCCUCCACCGAUGGCACCGGGAAUGCCACCACCACCUCCGGUUCCAGGCCUUGCAAGGCCAUCUCCAGUACAAAAACUACCUCAACAAAACAUUCCAAAAUCUACAACAAAGUUACGAACACUACAAUGGCAGAAAAUCUCAGCAACAAAAGUGCUAUCAGGCAAACCAAACAUUUGGAAUACGGCAGGGAAAUUAUUCAAUGGAUAUGUAUCAAAAUUUGACUUCGGAACAAUAGAUGAACUAUUUAGUGUAAAUUCAAAUCCAGAUUCUUCCACGGAUAUAGCUGCUGGAACAAACUCAGCAGAAAAGAAAAGAAAAGAAUCAUCAGAGAUAAACCUACUUGAAGGAAAGAGGAGUCUUCAUAUAAAUAUAUUGUUGAGACAAUUUAAAAUGCCAAGUGAUGAAAUCGUACAGUUAAUACAUGAAGGUGCUAGCGACAAAAUAGGUGCAGAAAAACUCAGAAAUCUUCUUAAAAUUCUUCCAUAUGAGGAUGAAGUUGAGAAGCUGAAGACAUUUGAUGGUGACAAAAGUAAACUUGGUGGUGCAGAGAAAUUCCUAGUUAGUCUACUAACCAUACCAUAUUAUAAAUCCAGAAUAGAAGGUUUUGCUGUUAAAGAGGAAUUCAAUACAAACAUGGACUGGAUAAAACCUGCCAUAGAGGCAGUGAUAGCAGCAGCAAAAGAAAUCAAAGAGAACAGUCAUCUUCACGAACUGCUAUAUUUGGUACUGAUUGCUGGAAACUACUUAAAUAAUGGUAACUAUGCUGGUGAUGCUGCAGGAUUCAAAUUGUCUUCUCUCAUAAAGUUAACAGAAACUAGAGCAAAUAAACCUAGAAUGAACCUUCUUCAUUAUGUCAUUUUGCAAGCGGAUGAGAAAAAUCCAGAUUUGCUUAAGUUUCCUGAUGAAAUGAGAUAUUUAAAAGAUGCCUCUCAGGCAUCACUUGAAAAUGUUACAUCUGAUAUAAAAGGUCUUCAUGAUAAAAUCACUAUGCUAUCAAUGCAAGCUGAAACUAUUGGGGCUGAUUUCCAAAAACAGAUGUCAGAUUUCUUACAAUUUGCAAAAGAUGAUCUAUCUGAACUCCAAGAAGAUCUAAAAGACAUAGAAAGUCUAAAGUUAGAACUGGCAGACUUUUUCUGUGAGGAUUCGUCUUCCUUUAAAUUGGAAGAAUGUUUUUCUGUCCUCAACACAUUCUGUACCAGAUUCAAGAAAGCAAUAACAGAAAAUGACCAUAGGAAAAAAGUUGAAGAGAAGCAAAAAGAACGACAGAGACUACAAGAAAUUGAGAGAAAGAAACAAUUGCAAGAUGAAAUAGAAGCUCCUCCUGAACAAAAAAUAGAUCAUGGAUCUGAAAAUAUAGUUGAUCUACUGCUAGCUGAUGUAAGGAGCGGAUUUGCGAGUAGAAGAUCUGGAGAAAGUAGUUUCUCUGUUACCAGAGUCAAAAAAGUAAACUUGGAUUCUAAUGAAAACAUUACAAGUGCUGACGCAAAAUCUGGUUUUGUUCGUCAAGGUUAUGGAAGACGAAGCACGAGACGCCGAAAACCCGAUUCCGACGAUAAUGCUGAUUCAGAAAGUACAUGUAGUAGUUUGGAAGAUGCUAUGGAAACAGAUAGAAAACGUGUUUUACAAGGUUCACAUGAUACAUUGCUUGAUAUUCUAUCUCAAUCCGACAGCAGGACAUCAGAACCACAAUUUGAACGAUAUCCGAGUUUACGCAAGAAACGUAAAGAUAGGACAGAAAAACGAAGUGUUAUUGAAGUUUAUGGUGAUAGAGAAAGGGCACCUUCUCCUGCUGUUGAUAGUAACUCGAAUGUUUCUAUUCCUACUCGUCCAGCUCGGUCUAAAACAUCUUCAUUGGAGCGACCGAAAUCCGCGGAGUUUAAUAUUGACUAUCCAAGUCCGUCUGUACGUAAUAUUGACUAUCCAAGUUCGUCUGUACGUAGAGUGAAAAGUAUGAAUGAUAAGCGUGAAACGGAAAAAACAAUUGUAGAAAAAGACAGUUCUGUAGAUGCAAAUAAUUCAAGUGAAAGUGAAGAUUUAGUUGAAAGACUAAGGAGAAAGUUUAUAAGAAAACCAACUAAUUCACCGAACACAACACCAACAACACCUAUUCGUGAUCAUCAUGUUAGCGACAAUUCUCCAUCUGAUGAAACACGACAAAGAUGGAGAAGUGGCAUACCAUCAGAUUUACAAACAAUAGACGAAAAGUCGAGGCUUCAGUCUCCGAGUAAAAAAAUGUUUAGCACACCAGCAAGGAAUUCACGUGAAGAAAUGGAACGUCGUGUUAGUCAAACUUUAGAUCCUAAAGAGCUGCAAAAAACGUUAGAAAAAGUCGAUCAAACUACAGUUGGGCAAUCACAUGAUACCAACGCUAAUGAUCCGAGGAUAUCGGUUUCUGUUCGGAAACAAAUGAAUCAUCGAUGGAAGAGUGAUCUUGGAAAAUCUGGAAUAGAUGAAGUGCUUAAAACAAUUGAAGAUAAGGAAAAACAACAACAAAUGACUACUCAGGACGAUUCGUGUAUAGUUAUACCGAAAUCAGAUACGAAGUUCGAAGAAACUCUGCAAGAUAGACGGAAACAACGCAGACAACGAUCACAAUUAGAUAUGGAUGAUGUUCACGCAGCAUUGCAUAAAAUCCGUACUGACGAGGAGCCUGGAUCUUCUCCUUCUCAUACUACUGUAGUAACUGCACAGAGUUCAUCAACUGAGAGGGAAUGUUCACCUCCGCCUCCAAUACCACCACGGUCGCCAUUUAAAGAAAAUAGUGAGUCUGAUUCGUCAUCACCAGCCCAAAAAUCAAACAAGAGCAAAGCUGCAAAAUUAGCAGCAAGACGAAAAUUUAAUCACAAACGUUUUGGUGAUAAGGAUAGACCGGCUUCUACCGGGGGAAAUAAUCGUUGUAAAAGUGAUGUUCAUAAAGAAGAGGUAGAUCAGGCAUUAAGGGACUUGAAGAAUGGCAUGAGCAGAUCAAAAUCUUAUGACGAAUCAGUUGCUAGGAAGGUCAGUAAUCAAAAUGGAACUGUUGUCAAUGGUGAUGUAUCACCUUCGCAACAGAAAUCGUUUCGAGGUAGUCUCGUUCGUCUUGGAUCAGACAGUCGUCGACAUGGUGUAUAUAUUGCAAGUAGUGAUAGUGACAGCGAAAUUCCACCUUACGGUGCUUCAUCUCCGAAACGACCUUCUAGUACUAAAAGUGAUAGUCCAAAAAGCGACAGUCGGUUAUCAAUUAAAUCGACGAGUACUUCUACCGAAACAUUACGCUGUGAUACACCGUUUAGUGAUAAUGAAUCGCCUGUACAGAAUCGUAAAAACUCGACAAGCAAAAGUCAAGACUUACUGGAUAGAGAUGACAUUCAAAAACCAAUAUCAAAAGAUUUCAACCAACCUUUUGUUCAACCUAGAAACAAUAAAAGAGCCGUAAGUCUAGUUGAAGGUUCAGAAAUUCAUUAUGCAGUUACAAAUCAUGAAUCUAAACCGAGUGAUAUUGAUCAAUCACCAGCUUCUAUGAUAAAACAAUGGAGACAGAAAAGGAAAAACGAACGACAAAGUGUAUAUGACAACGUCCAAGAACACGAAGGGCCAACAUCUCCAAGAAACAAAAACUUUAACAAUCUUAAUGAAACUAAUAUGUCAACAAGUCCGAGAACAGGGAUUAUUAUUAAUGAUGUAGGAUCGAGAUGUAGUUAUGCUAGUAGUAGCGACAGUGCAAGAGAUGAAGGAUUUGAAACUAUGUCGGGAACUGUUUCACAAAGGACAUCAAUGAGUAGUACAUUAGAGUCUGAAUUCACACCAACUUUUUCUCGCAAAAUAUUUAAUAACAUGAAGUCUGAUCAGAAUGAGAAGACCAACAUAAUAGAAAGUUUAAGACCGCCUUCACAAGAAAUAGUAGUAGCACGUGGUCAUAAACAAACAGAACAAAAAAUCAGAAAACAACGAACGGAAUCAUGGACUGAGCAGGUGGCGGCAACAACUACAGCAAAUAUAGACAAAGAUUCCUCACUUGAUUCAUCAAUGGAAUAUUCUGUUGCAUCACCCGACAGUGGGCAUGGAACAUUUAAAGAGGAUGUAUGGAGUGAAAAUAUGGACCUUGAGGCAACACUAAGAGUGGGGUCUCCAGCACCGUCUGUUGAAAGUCCUCGAUCUACUACUGGUAAAAAAUCACAGGCUCCUCUUGCAACAGCCGAAAAGUCUUACAACUUAUCAGGGAAGAAAAAAUCAGUUCCAAGUUACAUGCGUGACACAACAAGCAGUACAAAGAGGGUAGAUCGUAAUAGUACAACACCGGUUGAUACAAAUAAAAGGAAAAGUACAACUCCAUCACGUACAUCGAAUCUCAAUCGAACAAAGACUGAUUCAAAUACAAGUAUUACCUCUGCAGUAUCAGAGACUAGCACCAAAGUCGGGAACAAAACGCCCAAUAAACGAUCAUCAACAGGUGUUGGGAGUACACCAAACUCUCGAUCAACAACACCACAUCCACCAGCUCGAUCAACUACACCUCAUCUUUCUGUGUCUCGAUCAACCACACCUCAUCCAGUGUCUCGACCAAUAACACCACGUGUAUCAAAUUUAACAACAAAGACAAAAGGGCCUAUUGCCAUUACUUCACAUCCAUCAGGGUUUAAUCGAACUCAGUCUCUGCGGCUGCCGAAGAAAACAAGACCAUCGAUGGGAGAUUCUCCUGAAACCACUAGUCCAGCAGGGUCUAGACCAUCUUCAGCGACAUCUAAGUCAUCAUCAGGUCGAAGUGGAUUCAUGUCUGGAACGGCUUCAUCAAAAGCAAGAUUGGAUGGCACGACAUCUCCAGCACCAAACCCUCCCCCACGUACUACAUCUGUAGCUUCGGGAAGAACCACUCCUACGUCAGUUAGAAAAUCACCGGCAGCAUCCACAAAAUCGACCCCAGCUCCCUCUCCUCUGACACGACAUGGAAGCUUACGAUUCCCCGCUCCAUCUGCCGCCAAACUAGUGUAUGCUGAUACACCUGCAGAUAGUGAUAAAGCUGACGGGAAAACUAAAUCCUUUAGAAGUAAAAUUGGCGGGAAUAAGGUCAAACCAGAAUCCCCAACAAAAUUAGCAACUGUAACAGAACAGGUUUCUCAAGAACAAGAAACUGCACAGUCACAAGAGAAAGAAAAAACAGGUUCCUCUAUCAAACGCAUUGUUAACAAAACAAAAGAUAAAAUCCUACCCAAAAGGUCUACAGAUUCAGCGAAAAAGGACUUAACUGACAAAAAGAAGACUUUGAAAAAAUGAAAUCCUAGCAAAUAAACAUAUGGAAAAAAAUCGUCCAUACUCAAACAAACAAAAGAAUUCUUUUGUUUACAGCUCCUUGAACACAUCUCAAAUUCAACAACUGUUCAAAGAACGAAGCACGCCGAGGAAGAAUGAGACGAAGUAUGUGAGAACUUUCGGAAUCGGUAGUGUGACUAUAUGAUGUGAGAACUUUCGGAAUCGGUAGUGUGACUAAAUGAUGUAACGACGGACAGCUUUCUUUGGAGAAUGUUGUUACGCCUUGCUGUGAUAUGAUUGACUUGUACAACCCGAUCAGGUGCCAAAUGAUAUUGACAGUUAUUUCACAUGAUUGACUAAUACAAUUUGUAUUAAUUGUAACCCAUUGAAAUGUAUAGUGCUCGAAAAACAUCGAAUAACUUUUAUGAAAUGUCUGGUUUUCAUUGUCAGUAGAUUUCAUGACUUAUUCUAGUCUCAUUUCAACUGUGACACAAAAAAGUUGUAUUGAAGAUGCAUGUGUUGCAUUAUCACGCUAUAUGUACACAAAACAUAUCGUAUAAACAUAUAUUUAAUAUUUCUAUUUAAAACAACGCAUUUUUUUAAUUUUUUUUUAAUAUUUCGGAUAAUUGUUUAUAUCAGAUAAAAUCUGUAAUAAUGGAUGUAUUUAUCAAAUGGUUUGAAAUUAAUGGGAAUAAAUAUAUCCUGGACUCUUAACAUAAUGUGAAGAGGUUGGGAAUGACCUAGGCUUAACAUAUAGUGAAAGUGAUUAGGAAUGUUCUUCCUUCAGUACAUAAGGUUUGGUAGACAACCCAGUAAUCACUUCGCUAGGAAUUUUAUUUUUUUGACACAAUCCUUUACGGAUAAGUAUUAGCUGCUUAGCUUUUAGUUAAUAGAUAAGCUAUAGUGUAACUUUUGGUAACUUAACCGAAUGUUUCAAUUUGAAUUUCUAAGGUAGAAUCUACGGUUUCAAUUACUUUAGACAACGUAACAUUUGAAUUCCUAGGUUUUUUUUCGAACAACUUCUUGCCUUCAGUGAUUGGCUAGUAUACCAAUGUUGAUAUUGUUAGGACAUUUUGAGCGGGUCUCAAUAUAAAAUAUUUUUUAGUAGAUUUUAAGCGACAGCUUAUCUGUUAAAAUAUCACCUUACUAUGCAAACCAGUUUUUGAUUGAUAUUUUUUCAUAUAUUAUAUAUAUUUUCUACAUUUUUAUUUCUUUAAUGGAAUCAUGUCACCUUUUUCACUCUGUCAAGCUAGAAAAUAUAUAUUUUGCACAUUAAAUAUCAUUUUCCAAGAUAAAUAUAAACAGUCCAUUCGAUAAGAUAUCAUAUUUCACAUGUCAAAUUCAGAUGAAUUUUGAAUCACAAUAUAUUACUACUCAAUGGGUCUACUAAUUGUGGUUUUAUGUUAGGAAUAUGCAUUUUAUAAAAUAUUCGUCCAUUUUUUAUAAUACCCAUAAGCACAUAUUUACAUAUUAACAGAUAUUUGUAGAUUUUGUACAUUAUUAUGUAUAUCAUUUGUAUAUUGCCUUAAUUAAUUAUUUGUUAUACUUGUUAUGUGUUAACGUGUUUAAUAUAUAAAUACAAAAUUAAACUAUAUUCAUAAAUUUA